AUGCUCCAUUCUACAUUGGCCUUGUCCCUUCUGCUAAUUGCCGUCACUUCCAACCUUGCAAUGGCAAUUAAAAAGGAAAAACGAGCACCUCAGACACUUUCAAGAGGGUGGGGAGAUGAAAUCACAUGGGUACAAACUUAUGAAGAAGGGCUUUAUCAAGCAAAGAAAAGUAACAAGCCACUGAUGGUAAUUCAUCAUUUGGAAGACUGUCAAUACUGCCAAGCACUGAAGAAAGCCUUUGCAGAAAAUGAAGAAAUACAGGAAAUGGCCCAAAAUAACUUCAUUAUGCUGAAUCUCAUGCAUGAAACCACAGAUAAAAACCUGUCACCUGAUGGACAAUAUGUGCCUCGAAUCAUGUUCGUAGACCCGUCUCUCACAGUAAGAGCUGAUAUCACAGGAAGAUACUCCAACCGGCUUUACACCUAUGAACCACAGGACAUGAUGUUCCUAAUAGAGAACAUGAAGAAAGCACUACGUCUCAUUCAGACAGAACUGUAA